UCAAGCAUGCAGGCCUUGACUCUACAGUCUUCUUGAGGAUUUAUAUCCUUGGUUUAAAGAUAUUCGGGCCGACUACUAUUGUAGUUAUAUUGUUUCUUGUUCCAGUCAAUGCAUCAGAUGUAACAUUAUCUUUCCUCAGCAAGGAUCUGGUGGUUAGUGAGAUUGACAAUUUCUCCAUAUCCAAUGUCAGCCCCAGGUCUACAAAGUUUUUUUGUGCACAUAGGAAUGGAAUAUUUGUUCACAUUUUGGACCUGUCUUUUGCUAUACAAAGAAUAUGAAACAGUGACAUCAAUGAGAUCAAAAUUUUUGGCUUCACGAGACGGGGAUAUUGAAGAAGCUAAUGGCCGCCUCACUAAUCACCCUGAACAGUUCACUGUGCUUGUACGAAAUAUACCACGCGAUAGCUCUGAUAAGUCGGUAUCUAAAACAGUGGGAAACUAUUUUAAGGAGAAUUACCCGCACGAAUAUCUUUGCCACCACGUUGUUUAUGACGUGAAGAGCAUUGUCAAGCUUGUUAAGAAACGACACUCGUUUGGGAAUAUGAUGGAUCGCUACAGCAAGAAGGGUAAUGACACGUUAUCCAGGAGGUCAGGCUUUCUUGGACUUUUUGGUAAACAACAAACAUACCUCGAGUACUAUCAAGAUCAAACCGAAAAGCUGGACAAAAAAGUAAAAGCGUGAAAAGAUUCUGGAGGGUCCAGAGUACAUGCAUGCAACUGCAUUUGUGACAUUCAAAACGCGAUGGGGGGCUGCUGUUUGUGCCCAGACACAAAUAGACCAGAACCCUCUUCUCUGGCUCACAAGUCGAGCCCCUGAACCUCGAGAUAUAGAAUGGAAGAACCUCUCAAUCUCCCCUCUUUCUAUAACCUUCCGCAGAAUCUUCAUCGCCAUACUAUUGUUUGCUUUGAUCUCCUUUUACAUGAUACCCAUUGCGUUUGUUCAAUCUCUCGCAAACUUGGAAGGUUUAGAAAAGGCUGCACCUUUCUUGAGGCCAUUAAUUGAAUGGAAGGUGAUCAAGUCAUUCCUACAAGGUUUCGUUCCUGGUGUAGCACUUAAAAUCUUCAUGUUAAUUCUACCAGACAUUCUUCUGGUCAUGUCUAAAAUUGAGGGACACGUUGCGUUAUCAGCAAUUGAAAGGGAAGCAGCAGAGAAGUACUAUUAUUUCAUUUUAAUCAAUGUAUUUUUAGGAAAUAUUGUGCUAGGCACAGCUUUCCAACAACUACAUGCUUUUCUUAGCCAGUCUGCUUCUCAAAUACCAAGAAAUGUUGGAGUAUCCAUACCCAUGAAAGCUACCUUCUUUAUUACAUACAUAAUGGUGGAUGGGUGGGCGGUCGUUGCUGCUGAGAUUCUUAGGCUGAAAGCCUUAGUCAUGUAUCAUCUCAAGAACAUGUUCGCCAAAACCAAACGGGACAGAGAUAAUGCAAUGUACCCUGGGGGUGUAGAAUUUCACAAGACCCUCUCCACUCUUCAACUGUACUUUCUUCUCGGUAGUGUAUAUGCGGUGGUUACUCCAAUCCUUCUUCCUUUCAUCAUUGUCUUCUUCAUCUUGGCCUACUUUGUAUUCCGUCAUCAGGUUAUCAAUGUAUAUCAUCAGGAAUAUGAAAGUGCUGCUGCAUUCUGGCCGGAUGUCCAUGGCCGGAUAGUAGCAAGCUUAAUCAUAUCUCAACUUCUUUUGAUGGGUUUACUUAGUACAAAAAAGGCUGCUAAGUCAACGCCUUUGCUUCUUUUGUUGCCUUUUUUCACCUUCGCGUUUCACAAAUAUUGUAAGAGCCGAUUUGAACCCGCGUUCAAAAAAUAUCCUCUCAAGGAAGCAAUGGCUAAGGACAAGUCAAAUGGUGAGGCUGAUUUGAAGAAAUAUCAAGAUAAAUAUCUGAAUCCAGUUUUGCUCCCAUUCUAAAAAGUUUAAUUGGAUGACAUUUAAGUCAAGGGACAAAAAUAAUCUAAGUUCUUCUAACUUCCAAGUUUGGUAAUCUAGCGGUCUGGCGAACAUUGAUCUUCCUAGUAAACAUACUAAUC